AUGCCGUUCUCCAGGUCCUGCAAGACUUUAGGCAUUGCUCUGAACCCCCGCCUCGAUAUGUCAAAAUGCGGCAUUCGUUCAGAGGUGGUUAGUUACGCGGAAGCCGAGGAUCUUGCCGAAGAUGUCGCCAAACCGGAUCGUGAAUUACUCCGCCGGUGCGAAGAAACGUCUGCCGUCCAACCUCCAUAUACCGAUCCUUGCAAGUGGUUGAGUUUGGAUCACCUCAUCCUAGAUCGGAUGUUGGCCAAUCGUCUUGAAUUGCCAGGUCAUCUUAGACAGGGAACGUUCAACAACGAUGCUCGGUUCAACACACUGAAAGAGGAGCAAUGUAUGGUUGAUCCAUACAUUUUGGAAUAA